AGAAACUCAGCGGCACACGGCGACGUAGACAUGAAGCCUCGACAGCGAGCGGCCCUCCUCAAUGCCUUUCGAUCAUCGCACUCGACCAAGCAGCAGCAGCCAAGAGUCGCCUCGGCGUAUGCUGGCCUGUCCAGAUAUUUUUCUGGCUCUGUAGCUCCUCAGCGACAAUGGACUGCUCGGCCUUCCUCUCUGAGCAUGUCAGCUUCGCAACAAGCUGCUCGUUUGCCCGUGACGCGCUCGUUGGCUGCAUCGGCGGCGCUGCGAGACUACAAAGGAGCCGCCAAUGAGCAAAAGCAACGCGCCGAUGCUCAGAAGCUCAGCGAAUCGCAAGCUACUCAGGCCGAGAGUGAUGGGACGACAUUACACAAUCUCCAGCAAUCGGUAGUGCACUCGAUACCUUCGCUGACAAAGCGAAAGCAGAUGCGCGAUGAGUUACUUUCGCGAGCAACAGGCUUCUUCGAACGUCUCAAGAUCCGCUUCAAGUGGUUCACUAUACGUGGCUUCCGGUCCUACAAGACGGAUGACUAUAGUGCAUUCGUCAGCUUCUUCCUUGGAGGCGUCGGACUCUGGAUCGCCAUCGGCACGACAAGCUUCUUUGCGAGUAUCUUUUUCCUGGCCAAUUCUUUACAGCUGCAAGAAUCACUUGCUAGGAAGCUAGGCAGCUAUCUGACCGCAUCUUCCGGCGUGACCAUCGUUUUCGAAUCCGCCAUCGUACCUCGUUUCAGCUUGAAAGACUCGCGUAUCAGCUUCAAGAAUGUCUACAUCUCUCGCGGACCGGUGAAGAAGAGGGCGAUCGAGCCCCUCAUGCCUCAGCCGAACGACGACGAAGGUGUGCAGGUCUCAUCUGAGCGCGCUGGCGCAGAGGGCGAGUAUGAUCCAGCGAAAGCCAAUUGGUCAUACUUCCACUUGCAAGUCGAUUCGAUCGAGGUCUCGCUUAGUCUAUGGCGGUGGCUCGAUGGCAAAGGACUCGUCAAGGACGCCGUUGUCAAAGGUGUCCGGGGCGUACUCGAUCGCAGCCAUAUCGUUACAGAUCCGAAAGCGGUAAAAGACCGGACAGCUUUUCGACACACUGCGCGGCCAGGCGACUUUCAUCUCGAGACACUCGAGCUCGAGGAUUUCUUGGUGACUGUACAUCAGCCGUAUGGUUUCAGACCGUACAACUUUUCCAUCUUUCAUGCCUCGAUACCGACCUUGAGAAAGCAGUGGCUAUUCCUUGACAUGCUAUCGGCCGACUCUAUCACCGGUCAGGUCGACAACUGCUUGUUCUCGCUGCACAAACCGCAGAGUAUCGGCCGGACAAGCGAAGAGGAUCUCAAAGACGGCACAUGGAAGCGCAUGUCGAGAUUUCGAGUUGACGGCGUGCCUAUCGAUCAUUUGCAGUCUCCUCACGACGAAGGACCAAUAAGCUGGAUCACGUCUGGACGUGCAGAUCUCGUUGCAGACAUACGAUUCCCACGUCAAGCUGGCGAUGACGUCGAUUUGAGCGAAAUACUGGGCGACUUGGUGGAGCGAAUCGACGAGACAAUCAGCUCACGGCCGCCUCCGGCAGACCGGAUACCAGGACAGCCACAGCUCGCGACCGGUAAGCCUCUGGAAGCACCCAAGUCGAGCAUCCGAAGCCUUCUCGGUCUCGAAGAGCACGACGAUCGCGACGAUGACGCACAUAGCGCGGUCACAUUUGAUCUCGACAUUCGCUUCAAGGAUCUCAAGGCUACGAUACCUAUCUUCGAUGAUCACCUUUCGUAUGCGAACAAUGCGCUCGUGCGACCUAUCGUUGCCUUCCUCAAUUCAAACCGCACAUUGAUACCGAUCAAGUGUCAUGUCGAGUUGCCGCUGCCCGAGCUUGACGGAUCUUGGACGACUCAUGACACAGGCUUGCUCGAUCUGGUAUCCGAACAAGUCUAUGCUGCGCUCGCGCACCAUGUGCAGACUCAAAACGACCGGAGAGCCAAGGUUGUGGGGCUGUGGAGCCUGCAGAUGACGGCUCAAGCCGUGUUGACUGCGCUCAGAGGCAGACUCGAUCCUUACUAACGCGCCUCAAUGCACCACUACUCGUUCGCAGUGCAU